AUGCCAUGUGUAACAGUUAACGUAGACGACGAUAUUCUUCACUUGAAAAAACUCGAUUUUGGUGUUGUAUCGAAAUCAUCGACUUCUCUGCUGUUCAUAUUCUAUGCUGACUAUUCUGGAGACAAUGUGCAAAUAUUUAAAGUGAUGCAUGCGAUGAAUCGAGUAGCAGAUUUUUCCGUUAACUACAUUCUCAUUAUUUUGAGAACAUCAUCAAAUUUGGAUAGAGGCGUAGAAAAUAUCUUGCAACAUGCCUGGAGACAAUCGAUGUUGAACAUGGUGAUUGCCGAGAAUCGUCAGCCUUUGAAAACCUUCGAAAGGAUCCUAUUUAUCGUCGUUGUCAUACUGGCGUUCAUGUAUUCGAGUGAUAUUUACGCUUCAUUCACAACUCUUGGUAUUGAUCCCUUGAAAACUGUACCUUAUUUUAGCACACGUUUCUGUCCAGAAAUGGCAAUGGUGCACCGUAAUGUUUGCUGUAUCAUGACUAGAAUCGAAGCUGAAUAUUACAAGUCUCAGAGUCACACGAAUGAUGGUCAAUAUAGAUUGCAAGUCGCUAAGCCAAGUUUUUGGUCCGAUACCGGAGUUUUUCACUUUCGUUGGAAUUUGCCUGGUAAAACUAAUAUGAAAAAAAUCAUUGAGAAUUUUCGCGAAGCGGGUAUUUUGAAUAAGUUCUAUGCAACACCCUACAUGCACCCCCAAAAUGACCAAAAUGAUAAUGCAUACGAGAUGGAUGAACAAUCACAGAUUCAUCUGCUGAGACAACUAGUCAUGCUCGCUGUAAUCGGAAAUUCACUUGCUGUCAUCGUAUGUAUUGGAGAACUACUCGCUCAUCGCUUCAAAAAUUCGGUUAAGGGAAAGGUCAAACUCAAUCUAUGUGGCGUUUUCAGAAGGAGAAUGAAACAAAUCCAGACCUACUUAUUAUUGACAUAUAGAACCUUAAAUGUGCAAGUUGUAUUGCUCCUCAGGGCAAUGCGAAAAUACAAAAUACAACUCUUGGACCGACGCCGUUGGCCGAAGUGGUUGAAGUCAUUUAGCCGGACUGCGGAUCGUCAGGCGCAGAUUUGAGUCUCGCGCAGGGCCAUUGAGAUUUCUCAUUGAUGAUUUUUCCCAAUCGGAUUUCGACCAAUGAAAGCGCAGUACUUGAGGCUACCCGACAGUUUUAUUUCAGAUAUUUCCUCUUAGCUUUCGAAAAAAUCGUUAGAGAUCAGGAAGUUUCCCUACUCUACGUAAUAUAUUUCGCCUGCCAAAGAGAUGUGAAU